AAAACAAAAAUGAGCACGAGGACAUCAAAAAUCGCAAAUAUUUCCCUAAAAAACGCAAAAUCUUGUUGCAAUAAUGGUAAUUUUGGAAGAUCAUUUGCUCAUUAUUUACUUUAUUUAAAAUUAGCCCCCGAAAAGACGGAUGAUGUGAUGAUAGACUUCGUGUUUGUGAUGAGAAAUUGGACUGAACAACUCGAAAGAGAAAAUAGGAUAGAGGAUCUCUUCCGCUGCUACGAACAAGCGUGUGAAAUUAUACCAGAUUGUGAAGUCAUACUGAAUAACAUUGGUGCUCAACUAUUUCGCAUUGGAUACUUGGAAGAGGCAGCUGCCUACGUCCGCAAGUCCUUGGAGAUAAAUCCCAAUUACUCCGCAGCUAGAGAGAACUUGGACAACAUUUGCUGCCAUCUGGUGGAGCGCUGGCACUUCAGGAUGUUGAAUGAUGUCAGAAGAAAUAUUGCCUACCAAACUGCUAUUCAGAGAGUUUCAAAACUGGGUCACACUAGCGUUUUAGACAUGGGAGCUGGAACAGGGAUACUAAGUAUGUUUGCUAGAAAAGCCAAAUUUAAGAACAUCUAUGCAUGCGAACGAUCAAGAACAAUGUGUGACUUGAUCGAGAAAAUUCUUGUCGCAAACAAUUGUGAGGAAGAGGUCAUGCUAAUUCCCAAAAAUUCCACGGAGCUAAUUCUAGGCAAGGACAUUCCAGAAAGAUUAGACUUGCUUGUAACUGAGACUUUUGAUGCUGCAUUAUUUGGAGAGCAUGUGAUUCCAUCCCUUAUCCAUGCUUGGGAUAAUAUACUUAAUCAGGAAUCUGGCAAAGUGAUACCAGAGAGAGCCACUGUUUAUGUGUGUGCAAUAGAGUGUGAAAAACUAAGGCUUCAGAACAGGUUUUUGUAUCCUGGACUACAGAAUUUAGAUUUUAACAACAUCCACAUUAUAUGUAACACAUCACAUUCCCUGGAUGAACCUUAUUCAACAGAGAACCUUCACAACAUGAGCGGACAAUUCAAGUUCCUGUCUGAGCCUACCAGACUGUCUGUUAUUGAUUUUAAUGAUAUACAGAUGCUGAAAACAUUCCAGGAGGGAGUUAGCUUUGAGGUAAAAAUUCCCAUUAAAUCUCCCGGCAAGCUGGAUGCCCUGGCGGUUUGGUUUGAUCUUCAUCUGUUCCAAGACAUCUCCAUAACAACAAGUCCGUCCAUCCCAAACUGCUGGGAACAAGCUAUUUUUCCCAUAAUUCCUUCCAAAUCACCAAAUUCAAAUACAGAUGAAAAGGGGAGCAUUAACCAGAAAGAAGGCGACAGGAUUAUCUCGGUCUUCAGCCUCCACCAGAAUCGUCUGCAUAUCAAGUCAUGGCAGAAGACGGAAAUCUCAGCAGCCGAGGAAAACAGAUGCCACAACUCCAGCAAAGAAGAAAAAGUGUUCUACAUGGACAGAAUUGAACUGUACAGAUUAAAUAAUCUGCAUUUGAACAGAAUGCAGUGUAAAUCUUUGACUCAAAUUAAAACUCAGUGCCCAGAAAGAAAUUUGACUCUUUUAGACUUCUCCUCCAUGUUUUCUCCCAUCAGCCUUCAGAUGGGUCGUCGUGGUUACCAAUCGGGGACGGUAGUUAUGAAGUCAGAGUUUCAUGAACUGUAUCAGACUCUUUUGAACACAAAUGAGCUGGUUGAUUUGAAUUACGAUGUUUUGGAUGUGAGUGAGUGGCCAGACUUGACUAGAAAACAUGACAUAAUUCUGUGUGAUCCCGUAGAACUGUGUGGAGCAUUAAGGCAGCAGAUCUUUGAAGAUUUGGACUUACUGAAAUUAACUUGUCUAGAAGAAGAUGGACGAAUCGUUCCAGGGAUCAUAAGAAUCAAUGCCAUGUGUAUAGAGUCUGAAAGCUUGUUAUCAGAUAGUGCUGUACUAGGGAAUAUUGUGACCUUAGGACUGCAUAUUGCUGAAUUUAUCAAUGGAUAUCAGGCAGCCACACACCUGGAUGUGGAUUUACAUCAUCUGGAUCAUGUCCGACUCACAGCUCCAUUUCAACUUUUCCAAAUCGACUUGAAUGAAAAGUGUAUAGAUAAACCUUCAUCUUUUCUGGACUUGAAAACAAGUGUCAGUGUAACAGCGUCUGAUACAGGUCAUGUGACUGCAGUUAUUUACUGGUUUGAAUUUGAACUGUGUGAAGGAAUAACUCUGUCAACCUUAGAUUCAGUGUUUCCAUGGAAUCAAGCAGCUGUGAUGAUGAAAGCAUGUGACCUUGACCUUGUUUGUGGUCAACAGGUUAAAGUUCAUGCAACUUUGAAAAACAGUUGUAUAGGAAUUACUAUUGAUGAUGAAUUCAUGGAGGGAGGGUAGAAAUUGUAACUAUUGAAUUUUUAUUGAAAUACUGUACACAAGGACCCCCCCCCCC